GAGGGUCGACAUACGCCGAGGGAUACAUAUACACGGACAGACCACCUCCUUCUUCUCCACCUCAACUGUUCACUGAUCGAUUACAAGGAGAAGAAGCUCGAUCAAGUCGAGAGGGUGUAGUAGUUAAUGGAGGGCAGGAGGGACGACGUCACCGGAGGAGCGGCGGCGCAUGGACAACGGCACUGCUGUCGUCGUCGCGGCGGUGGCGGCAGCGGUGAUGAGAGUGAGGGGAGUAGUAGCGGUGUUGAGCUCAGCCUCCGGCUGAGGACGGGGGAUACUACUCCGGCGGCGGCGGCGGCGGCGGCGAGGAGGAGCAUGACCAUAUUCUACAACGGCCGGGUGUGCGCCGUCGACGUCACCGAGAUCCAGGCAAGGGCGAUCAUAUCCAUGGCGAACAAGGAGAUCUUGGCCUACCAGCAGCAGCUGCGCAGAGACGACGGCCGCCAGCAGGACAGUGACAGCGGCGGCAGCAACGCCAUGGAGCGAUGCGCGCGCGACGGCCACCUGAGACCAGCGGCGGCGUCGCCGGCUGGUACUCCCCGGCAGGGCCAGGGACUCGCGGUGGCGGCCGCGCCGGUUAUCGACCAAGCGGCCACGGGACUGUCCAUGAAGCGGUCGCUGCAGCGGUUCCUGCAGAAGCGCAAGGCGAGGACGGCCGCCGCCGUCGCUCCGCCCUACGCCGGCGGCCGGCAGGCUCAGGCAACGAGACACUAGCUGACCCUUGCCGUAGGCUGCUAGAUCACAGUAUAGUUGGUUUAUUUCGAUCGGAUUGGAAUCUAAUUGGCUUUUGUUGUU